AUGGCCAAGAAAGCACCGUCGAAACACUCCCGAGCGGCGCGUAGGGAGACCUCGCCGAGCAUCAACACGGACAAGUCGCUCAAGGAGGUGCGGCUGCCUGAGCAGUCAAUAAACCAGCGACCGGCCGUGUUGGCCGCGCACCAUCACGCCGGCGUCUCCAAGAAGCAGAAGCACCGCAAGAGCCAAAUGACGUCCAAAAUGCGCCGGCGGCAGGAGAAGAGUAUGGAUCGCGCCGAGGCCGUCAUGGACCGGACGGCAAGGAAGACGGAGAAGAGUGUCGGUCAGGCGAAGACGGUCGAGGGCCGGAGGAAGGCCUGGGACGACAUCAACGCCCAGGCUCUCGGGGCGGUGGCCAACGGAGAGAAGAAGUCCAAGAAGCAGCUCGAGGCCGAGGCGGAGCAGGCAGAGGUCGACAAGUUUUUUGCCAAGGACGACGAUGAUGCUGCUAUGGGCAACGCCCCCGUCGAUGGGGUUGUGUCGAGAUUCGAUGCUAUUUCUGAAAGUACGCAACCAGCAACAACAGCAACAGGCGAUGAUGACGAAAUGUUGUAA